AGCUCUUUAUUGACGUUGAACAAAAAUUAAGCAUGGCGACGUUCUUCGGAGAAAUUUUGCCAGUCUCAUCAAGAGCAGUAGAUGAUGAUGACGACGACGAUGAUGAUCUGGAGCCUGUCGACUGUGAUCUAUGGAUGAGAUGGUCAGAAAAGGCAAAAACAGAUAUGAAGGCAGCUGAAGAUGGAAAACUUCAAUGUGAUACACUAAUUGUGGCAAUAGGUCCAGCCGCCACAGGUUUUGCAAGAGCCUACAUUUUACACCAAGAUUUUGAGUUAAUUGGUGGAAUAUUUGGUGGUAUAAAGGAGCACGACUUCAACACAUUUCAACAGACAUCACCCACAGAUAAGACCUGUUACCUUUACAGAAGUACACAGAACCCCCGUAUCAUGGUGUGUCAAUGUAAUGUCGACAUCACACCUGAACAGUCCUAUUCUUUUGUUACCAAGUUAUUUGCUGGGAUAUCUCUAAAAAUGACCUACAUAUCUAUACUGUGUUCGUGCUCCACCAGCGAGUAUAAGAGUGACAUUCCUAUACUGGACAUGCAGCCUCCUUUCCUUAGGGCCCUGAAAUCCGCCAAGUUUGCUGGAACACCACUUUGUCCUUAUGUAGAACAACCAAAUGUAGUGGCUGGUUUACCAGCCCAGUUACUGAGCAGCUGUCAGAUCCACGGCUACAGAGCUGUUCUCUACUGUUGUUACACCGACACUAUUUACCUGUCCGCUGCCAUGAUGAAGACUUUCCUCCCUUUACUCAACUCAACACCAAUCAAAGAUAUAAUUCAGAAAAACCCACGUGCUGAAGACGAUUUAAAGAAGAUAGUGGCCCUUCAUACUAGUCAUAACACUUUGUAUCUGUGAAUUAAUACACAUAUGAAUAACCGCAUUAACAUUUGUGAAAUGUAACUGUUGUGAACAGACACGUCUCACCUGUGUAUUGACACUUCAGACUUAUGAUUAGUUGUAUACUUUACACCUGUAAAUGUAUGCUGCUCACCUGUGAAUUAAUACUUACAUACACAUACCACUGAACGGACACUUCAACAAUCUAAACAGUGUCUCUUUGAUAAUUGAUUGCUAUCAGCCCCAGGGCCUAGCCUCACCGGUACCCCUGGAGGCCUAUAUUUUGCCACGAUUGCUUAAUAUCUUAAUACAUGUAAUUCUCUCGUCAUUUUUCUGAUGUCUGAUUUAUCUAAGGAACAAAAUGCUAUACAAACUUUAUUUUAAAUUGGUUUUAGUAAUUUCUUUUACAUAAAUCUGAAUAAGUACAUAUUCAGGUUCUCCUGUUAAAGUCUAAAUUUUAAUGAAUUGGUAGUUAACUGAGCAAUUGUUAAGAAUACAUUCUUCUCAAUAGUCUCAUUGUGAGUAAUGUACAUUGGACAGUGUAUUAAAACAAUAGACAAUGUACCAGCCCUAAGUCAUACAUAUGAAAAUUUGUUGUUUUAUAAACAUAUAUACAUAUUGUAAAUAAAUUAUUUUUAUAAA